AUGUCAGCUUUCAAUUCCUUGCCGCUAUUUCCACUCGCGCUUUUCCUCAUCACCGCUACACUACUGCAACUAUGGCUCCUCUACCGCUAUCGUUAUUGGCAUCGACGUAAGGUUCCCUUCCUCCAGCCCACCAUGUUUUUGGGUAAUUUGAAGCCACUGCUGCUACUACGCACAUCUUUUGGCGAUUAUUUCCAUUCACUCUACGCUGAACCGUCUCUUAAAUCGGCGCCAUUUUUUGGUUUCUUCAUACUACAUACACCGGCGUUACUUAUACGCGAUCCACAAUUGAUUGAACAGCUGUUAAUCAAAGAGUUUAAUAGUUUUCCCAAUCGUUUUGAGGCUGCGGAGCUGCAGAGUGAUCCGAUGGGCGCAUUGACGCUACCCUUAGCCAAAUAUGCUAUCUGGCGUAAAAGUCGGCGAGAGAUCUCGAAGCUCUUCACCACUGGACAUAUCAAGAAGAAAAUGUAUCCGAAACUUGUAACAAUCGCUGAGCAGCUAGAAGGGUAUAUCACGCGUAAAUUAAUACAAAAAUAUGCACAUUCCACUGCUGAUGCCAGCGGUGCCAUUGUUAUAGAGGUCAAGGAAAUGUGCGCGCUUUACACCACAGACGUCACAGCUGAGUUACUGUAUAGUGUCGAUACUGGAGGCUUACGCAAUGACGGCUGUGAAAUGCGCGCGCAGUGCAAACAAUUGUUCAGACCUAGUCUGCGUAAGAUUAUAGAUUUUUUCGUGAUAUUUUUUCUGCCCAGAGCAGUGCGUGCGCUUAAUUCAAAACUCUUCACACGCCAAUACUCAAACUAUUUGCGGCGACUUGUUAAGGAACAUAUAAAAAAAGAGGGCAAUUAUGACCGAGAUAGCGGCGAUCUUAUCGAUUUAUUGUUGAAAAUGCAACAGACUUUAGCUGACACACCACUUAACAUUUGGCUACGCCAUCCUGACUUUAUAGCUGCGCAGGUUGGCAUUUUCCUGUUGGCCGGCUUUGAGACAUCCUCUUCGCUGAUUGCAUUCAUCUUAUUUGAAUUGGCGAAGCAGCCAAAAAUUCAGCAGAAAUUAAAAACUGAGUUAGCUGCGUAUACUAGUACAGAGAGUUGUAAUGUAAGCUACAAAAAAGUGUUGAAUAUGCCAUAUCUUAAUAUGGUUGUCGCCGAAGGACUGCGCCUUUAUCCGACAGCACCUUUUAUAAAUCGAGAGUGCUUGCCACAUAGCCAACAGCAAACGUUAUGGUACGAUAAGGAAACCAAGUAUCUAAUUAUACCCAAAGACGUCCCAGCGUAUGUCUCCAUUUUAGGCAUACACAGAGAUUCAAAGUAUUGGCCCAAUCCACAAUUUUUCGAUCCCGAAAGAUUUGCGCCUGAAAAUCUACCCUCCAUUAAACCAAUGACCUACAUACCCUUUGGUGCGGGUCCACAUGGAUGCGUAGGCAGUCGACUGGGAAUAUUGCAAGUCAAGCUGGGACUAACAUAUAUUUUAAGAAAAUAUCGCGUUGAGGUCUGCGAGAGAACAGUCAACGAAAUUCGAUUUGAUCCCAAGCGUUUCAUGCUAGAAGCUGAAAGUGAGCUAUAUUUGAAGUUUGUCAAGGAUGAGUUAUGCUGAUAUUGUUAAUUAUAAGUCAUUGUGUUUUAAGUAUUAAAAAAAAAUUACUGUGAUAAUUUUUAAUUUAUUCACAAUAUAUGUAAAUAUGUAAAUAACAAACAAGAAACAAA